UGUCAGCCCGGCGCCUUGAUCGGAGAUCGUUUGGGGCACGAUCGGAAUAGGACGUUGUUUAUUAUUAGAUAAUCAUCCAGCAUAUCAACGACGAGGUCAAUGGGGCAGCCUUGGUUGGCUGCGACUAGGCCGCAGCUAGCCAAGGACGGUGCUGGCCAGCGCCGUCGCGAUCUUGUCUCGCCCAGCAUCUAUUCGCACCUCCAGAUAUACCGAGCGCGCCAGUACCAAGCGCAGCUGCUUUCUAUUUGCUGCUAUCCAACAGGAAAUCAUCAGAAAACCAUACGCAUCUCAUAAUAUUGCCUACUUGGGUGCCUUGCGGGAUUCAACACAGCAGAUACUGGCGGAAGGCUGCUGAGCAGUCAUCAGCCCUUAUGCCAGCGCUCCGAUGCGGAAACCCUUGAUGCGAAUCCCUUACACUGACAUUCUUCCGUCACCAACAAUCAUCCCCGCCUCGGCUCACUCGCUCUCCGGCGCUCUCGCUGCGCUUCACAACUUCUUCGCUGCUCGCCCGCCUAACCGCCUGCCUCACUCUACCGUCGUCCUCACAGGCGCAGGGCUCUCAGUAUCAUCUGGACUGCCUGAUUAUCGAGGACCCAAUGGCACGUAUCGAGUAAACAAGACAUACCGCCCCAUCUACUACAAUGAAUUUACACAAAAUCACGAGGCUCGAAAGAGGUAUUGGGCGAGGAGCUUUCUUGGGUGGCCCAGUCUUCUCAAGGCAAAUCCAAAUACGGGACACUACGCUAUCAGGGACCUGGGGGAGAUUGGGCUGAUCAGUGCUGUCAUUACUCAGAACGUUGAUUCGUUCCAUCCUAGAGCUCAUCCGCAGGUGCCCUCGCUCGAGCUCCAUGGCUAUCUAAGGUCAACUAAGUGCACCACCUGCCAUACCGAAUAUCCCCGUGAGGAUUUCCAACGCCAUCUUGCUCGGCUCAACCCUCGCUGGGCAGCUCUACUCGAGGAAGCAAUGGCAUCGGGAGCUCUCGACACCGAGGACCCUGAAGAAAAGAAGUUCAGGGGCCUAAAAGUCAACCCAGAUGGCGACGUUGACCUUCCUGAUGCGCCUUACACCACAUUUAGAUACCCUCCAUGCCCUCGAUGUUUGGCCGACCCACCAAUCAAAGCAGAGGGAUUCAGACACACAGUCAGGGCAGACAGUGAUGGUGCAUGGGCACUGCCGAGCACAGCUGGCAUAUUAAAGCCUAAUGUCGUCAUGUUUGGUGAAAACAUCCCCAACCAUGUUCGAACCGCUGCUGAAGAUGCCAUCGAUAAUGCUGGCAGGCUUCUUAUUCUGGGGACUUCGCUCGCUACCUAUUCGGCAUGGAGGUUGGCCAAGAGAGCCAAGGAUAGGGGUAUGCCCAUCGCCAUCGUAAAUAUGGGCGGCGUGAGAGGAGAGGAUCAAUUCUUUGCCGACCUGAACCCUAGCCAAGCCGGCGAGCUUGCUGUAAGAGUGGAGGUAUCAACGGACGAAGUCCUCCCAGCUCUGGUUUCGCAGCUUCGUCAGAAGCUAGCAUCGACCUCAUUGUCUCAUGAGGCCUCGAUCGGCAAUGCUUCGCAAGAUAGUCCGUACGUCUUCAAAGACAUGCUCUCUUAGACACCUUUAGAUAUAUAGUAUAAAAAAGGCGCUCCGAGAUAUAGGGCAUGACUCAAAAGAAAUUUCCAAAACUGGCCGUCUUUGUCUUGACAGGUUGUUCUGAGGGCGGCUGCUGAGAAGCGCUCUCAAGUUGGCUU